CGCUUGGUGCAGAAGUUUAUAUGAUGUCUGUCUGCUAAUGGUAUAAAAUCCUCGUAAUGACACGUCAGUGUUGAUAUGUUGCGGGAUAUAUAAACCACCUGUAAUAUUAUGGGAAAUAUCAUAUGGCAUUUCUCUCUUCUUCCUUCUUAUACGUAUGUGUAUGUUAUAAUGACAUUUAAAUGAAUUUAACAGGAAAUAUGUGUUGAAACAAUGAGCUUGCAGCAUUUCCGUGUUCAACAUGUUUAUAAAUUUUGCAAUGCAAAAAAUGACGGCAUUUCCUUUUCUUUGUAUAUUUUCAAUUCUGUUUCAUAUUUUAACAUAUUGCAACAGUGAAACAUCAGGUGGUGAAGGUUGUUUCUGCAAACUUAAAGGCCAAAUUGAUGACUGCUCUUGCAAUAUUGAUACUGUUGAUUACUUUAACAAUGUGAAGAUUUAUCCUAUAUUACGUAGCCUUUUAGUUACAGAUUUUUUUCGAUAUAUCAAAGUUAACUUAAAUCGGAAUUGUCCGUAUUGGCCUGAUGAUAGCAGGUGUGCUAUUCAAGAUUGUUCUGUCAAAACAUGUUCAGAAGAGCAAUUACCUCCUGGAUUAAAAGGCCAACAACAUUCCAAAUCCGAAGUUGGGAAAUACUCAAAAGAAGCACAAGAGCAAGAUACAUGUGAUGAAAAUCAUGGAGGUCUUGGAGCUGUUAAUGAAACUAUUAGUGAUGAAAAUUAUGCAGGUUUCGAACGUUGGCAGAAACAUGAUGAUUCUGUAGAUACAUUUUGUGAAAUGGAUGAUGAAACAUCAGCUGAAGUGCAGUAUGUCGAUUUAUUACUAAAUCCUGAACGCUACACUGGCUAUAAAGGUCCUUCUGCUCAUAGAAUAUGGAACAGCAUUUACAGAGAAAAUUGUUUUAAGUUUGGUUCAGGCUAUGGGCCAUAUACUACAUCAAAAAACUUGCACGCAAUGUGCCUGGAGAAAAGAGCUUUUUAUCGAGCAAUCUCUGGUCUUCAUUCUAGUAUAAGCAUUCAUUUAUGUGCUCAGUAUUAUACAAAAGCAAAAGAUUGUUUUGGCAAAGGUGAAUGGGGACCUAAUGUUGAAGAAUUCAAAAGGAGAUUUGAUCCAGCUUUCACAGAUGGAGAAGGGCCUCAUUGGCUCAAGAAUUUAUACUUUGUAUACCUCUUAGAACUACGAGCUAUUGAAAAAGCAUCACCAUAUUUUGAAAAUGAGCUUUUUUAUACUGGUAGAGAAGAAAAUGACCAAGAAGUCAGACUUGCAGUUAAAAAUCUUUUAGAAAUUGCAAAAUCUUUCCCUGAUCAUUUUAAUGAAAGUGUUAUGUUUUCUGGAAAUGAUAAAGUUGCAAGAAAGUUAAAGGAAGAAUUUCGACUGCAUUUUCGUAAUAUUUCAAGGAUAAUGGAUUGUGUUGGAUGUGAUAAAUGUCGAUUGUGGGGUAAAAUUCAGGUCCAAGGACUGGGCACUGCUUUUAAGAUUUUGUUCGCGGAGGAUUUGUCACAAUAUUCAAAUGGAAGCAGAAAACAUUUCCGGUUAUCACGAACUGAAAUUGUAUCAUUAUUUAAUGCAUUUGGAAGAUUAUCAAAUAGUGUGUAUCAGCUGGAGAAUUUUCGUCAGAUGAUAAACUGGAAUCAAGAUAUAUAGUAAUUAGUCUUACAUUGGAAGAUUAAUUUGUAUACUAAAUUUUUAAUGCUCAUACACUUUUUGUCUAUUUUUUAAAAAGCACGGCAAAAUGUUUAUUUGAGUAUAGAAUCUACUUAUUACAAGAUUUUUUUUCCUUCAAAUUUUAUGUCGAUGAUCAAUUAUGAUCACAACAAUCAAGGUAAGUAAAUUAAAAAAAAAUUGAGCAAAAACAUGUAAGAAGUAAUGAAAUAUUUUUCUUUAUCUGAAAUUCUUUAUCUGAAAUUGAGCUUAGUUGCUAACCUAAAAUAAAUUAAUGGACUUUCCUGUUUAAUAUCAAGUGUAUAAUAGUUUUCAAAACUGUUUCAAAUUGUUACUUAAAUGAAAUGUUUCGAAGAUGAGAAAAUUUUUUUUGACAAUAGUUUAAAUUUUAAACCAGCUAAGUUUUCUCAAAAUUCAGUAUACUGCAGAUGCCCAUAUUUAGUUUAAAUUAUCUCACAAAUUUAUAAAGAAAAAAAAAUGUACAUAGUAUUUGCAAAUGAAAUAAAAAUCUUAAAAUCCAAAUAGCUGUAGCAUGCCAAAUAAAUGAAAUGUGAGAAAAAAUAUUUUUUGCGUCAUUGUUACAUGUAAGAAUACUGUCUAAUUUAGUUCAAUACUCUAAACUGUGAUAUUAUGAUUUUUCUAAUUAUUUUCCUUUUCAAUUGUGUUGCCUUUUCAGCGAAUAUAAUUUGAAAUUAUUGUAAUGGUUUCAUACUCCUCAUUAUUUUAAAGAGUACCUUUAUUUUCUGUAUUACGGAAAUAUCCUGUCAUGAAUUUUAAAAAGGCAAACAUAUCAAUUUAAAAUGUGAAUGUUGAAUUUUAAUUACUUAUGAACUAGUAGCAUGAAAUAUAUUUUGUGACAUCAAACAAGCAAUCUACAAUAUUCGUAAUUAUUUUAGCACUUUUAUUUUAAUAAUUCUUUUUGAAACAUUGAUCUAAUUAUGAUUAUAGUUCCUGUAUCUGGAUAGGGAUACAUUUUAUGUUUAAUAUUUUCAUUUUCCAGCAACAUGAAUUUUUUACAAAUAAAUGAACUUGUAUAAAUACUUUCAUAGUUAACAUUUAUGGAAAAUGAAAACUGAAUUGUUGCAGUAUGACUGGUUUUUGAGAACUAAAUAUGUAUAUAUUAAAAUGUAUUAGAGUAUUUAGAAUUAUUAAAAAUUUUACUGAAAUAUUUUACAUAUUUGAAAAUUAAGUUUUGAAAAGCUAUAGUAAUUUAUUCUUGUUUAGAUUUUUAUGAUAAAAGUUUAUAUGUGAGAAUAGACCCUCCCUCCUCCUUAGAGUUCUUUUUUUAAGUAAAAUAAAUGUUGUUAUUUGAAAUUAUUUAUAUGUACUUAAUGCAAAAUGUAUUCACAUUUCUUUAUCAAAAGAUUAAGAGGACAUUGUGGAUAAUUUUAAUAUGAAUAAUUGGAAUCAUGUAAAAUAAUUAGGAAUUUGUUGGUUGCCGAUUAAUAAAGGAUUAAAAUCUCUUAGCUGAAUGUAUUGUUAUACAAUUAUAAUGUAUUCUUUUUUGUAAUUUUGUUUUAAAAAGUUUAAUAUGUCAUAUUUAAAUAAUAGAUUUGUAAAGUUUCAGUUCUCAUUUGUUAUGGAAAAAAUUAUGUGAACAAAAGCUUACUUUUGUAAGAAGAGGUUUUUAACAUUUUAUUAUGCUCCAAAUAUACACCAGCCUGUAUCAUGAACUCAUAAUACUGACAAAAAGAAUAGUUUUUAUAACUAAAUAUAAGUAUUCUUUAAAUUUAGAUUGUAUUUAAGUAGUUCAUUUAAAUAUAGUAUGAAAUUAAAGGAAAGGUUUAUAUAUACCAAGAAAAUAAUUUGGAAAUUUUGGUACUUAUGUAUUAUGCCAUCGACCAUGAAACUGUUGUCAAACAGUAUAGUUUAGUGCCAGUUACGAAAAAACAUGACAUAAUGUCAGAUUUCCAACAUCUGUGCUUUCAUUCGAUUUAUUCUUGAAAAGCCAUGCUUUGUUUUUAUGAAAAAAAUAUAAGUUAACUGUUCUUUCUUAAUUUUUUUCCUUUCAUAUUUUUGGGGGGGAGGGAGAUUAAAAUUUUGCAUUCUACAGAACAACAAGCAGUAGAUUAUCAUCAGAUUUACAGGAUCCUAGUUAUCAUCAGAGUUAUAGCAUCAAAAAGCAUGUGGACACACUAUGGCCGUGAUUAUUAAAUAAAGAGGCAUCAGUUCUUUCAGAAUUCCAUCAGAACCACUAGGUGCAUCUUUGCUAGAAUCUCCACCAAUUUUUAUGGUUCAGUGAUUGAUCAUCAGCUUUUAUGGGCGAUGUGAUAAUACAUAAGUAUUGAUAUUUUAUAUAACAUUAAAAAAAUGUGUAAAGAAAUAAGUUUUUCCUGAUUAUCCGUAUUCCCACCGAAAAGUACGGAUAAGGCAUGUCACUAAAUUUUUUUUAUGGCAACCCAAGUAUGUGCAUAACAUCCUCAGAAAUGAUUUUCUACUUCUCCAAAUAUUUUCAGCACUGAGAAUGCAGAUUAUGAUCACUCCUACAUGAAUUGAACUGCAUAUUGCAGUUUUCAUUGUCUUCUGUGAAAUCUCAGACUUAGCUUUUUGUGAGAAAGCUUUAUGAUUAUUUUUUUAGAGCAUGGCUCACUUAAAGGCAACAUAUCCCCUUUUUCCUUUUCUUUUUAGGAUUUUGGUACUAAGGCUGUAUGCAAUGCUGAAGUUGUGCGCGAUCCCAAGUUUCUGAAUUUUCUAAUGUUUUGCUUUAGAGAAAAUAGAUCACUGUAUAAAUGGAGAAUGAAAAAAAAAAAAGAAUUACAUGUAUGCAUAUUUUGUGUUAAAAAAAAUAGCUGAGCACUGAAUGCAUAAUUGAAAUAUAAAGAUAUAACCCCUCUUUCCCCAAAAAAAGUUUCUCUGUAAGGUCACUGAGCUCAAAAUGCUCUUUAAAGUCAAUAGGUUUGUGACUUUUCAAUGUGAGCGCCCAGAUAAUCAGAAAAUAUAUUAAAUAUGUUAUGUUUCCUACAUAUUUGCAAUGUGGAGAAACUGUAUAUGAAUUCAGCUGCAUAAAAGUAUAAAUAUAUAAUUUUGCUUUGAUAUAAUCUUUAAGUAAACAAUAUAGCACAUAGAAAUCAUUUUUAUGCAUCAUUUUAUAACAUUUUAACCUGAAAUAAUUUGCAAAUUCUUGGAUUUUCCUUCCUGUAGAUGACAGACUCUUUGCUUUUAUAAUAAGCUCGAUUACAACAAAAUUUUGUGAUAAUUUAAUGUAUAUGAGCAAUUUAUGAUUUCUGUUUAAAUAUAGUCAAUCAUAUAUUAAAGGAAGUUGAAAACAUUCUUGUCAGAAUGAGUAUGAAAAAAACUGGGAAAUCCAAAAAGAAGGAAAAGAGUGCCAUAAACUUUGAAUACCAGUUUAGUAUUUACUUAAACCAUGAAGAAACUCUUAAUUUUUAUUAAACAUGCACUUUUAUAACGUUUUAUAGGGUUUUUUACUUACAAGGACAGAAAAGAUAAAUUACAAGAAGUUAAUGAAAAAUAAAGUCAGUAAAAAAUUUCUUUAUUAAAAGUGAGUCACUAAAAUAUCAAAAAUUUCUUGAAAUGCAUGGCUUAUUCAUAUUGAAUAUAUUUUUAUCAAAAUUUAAAUUCUGCAUAUAAAUACUCACCUUUGUAAAAUGGAUAUUUUUACAGUUUUAUCUCUGAUUGUUCUUGGUGAUUUAAUUCAAGAUACAUUUAAAACUUAUUUUUUCCCUCCAAUACAGAUAGGCUAUAUUUUCUUUAAAUUCAUCACAACCUAUAGUUACUAAAAUCACAGAAUAUUAUUAUUAUUUUAUUUAGCUUUAAUCAAUCAGCUGAAAUUUUAUUCGAUUUUUAAACAGGGUGGCAAAAUUAAGACAAUAAGUAUCUCCCCUAAAAAAAAUUGGAGAACCUUAAGCAAGUUAAAAAAUAUCAUCAUUCAUGAUCAAUCUAAAAAUUAAUCAACCUAAAAACUAAUGUUUUAACAACUUUACACUUCAGGAAAAUCUUCAGUAUGUACAUUAUUUAAAAAUUUAUGUCCAGUCUUAUCUUGCUAUUAUCUUUAGUGAGCCUAGUUCUUUGAUUAUCAGGUUCAAAUUUUACAAAAGCUUUCAUCUGUCUUAAUAAACAAAUUUUAAAAGAUCAUAAUGUUUAAGUUUCUGUGCUAGACUAUUAAAUUUCAGAACUGUAGGUUUAAAAUUUUUAAUUUUUUUAAUUUGCCUAAAUAUUUUAAAUAAUAAUUUUUUUGUAAAAGCUGUGCCAUUAUUUAUCUCUGUCUAUUUUCUGGUACCUUUAUGGAAAAUAACUAGUCAUCAAGAUAGUUAUGAUGCAUUUGUCCGAGAAUGAAUAUAGUGUAGCACAACUUGAAUUAAAUAAAAAUUAAAAAUAUAAGACAAUUAGAGAUAAAAUUUUGAAAUUUCUCAAAAAAUCUUGUUUAUUCUCCAUCAUUUUGAUAAGAUUUUAUCCUUUGAGUUACUUGUGGGCAGUAUUGCGUGUUAAUGUAUAGUGUAUGAUUUUUUUUAAUUGUAAAUAAAUUCUUGAAUAUUGAGAACUAUUAAAAUAUUUGUUAAGUCUGUAUUCAUAUAGUGUUAUCAAACUGUAUUCAUCUAGUUAAGCAUAUUUAAAUAAAAAUGUUUUGAUUUGUUUGAAA